AUGACGGAGCUCAGUUUUUGCAACAACAAAUUCAAGUGUUUUGUAUGCGGAUCAAAAGAUCAUGUUGCACCUCAAUGUGCAGACAAAUUGAAGCCGCGGGAACAGUGGAAAAAACCGGACAAAUAUAGGGAUUAUUCGGACGCAAAUGGUCAUGGUAAUCGACGGAAUAUGCAAUGUGAUGAUAAUGCAACGUGUGAUGAUAAUAAUUCGGGAGAUUCAAACACUCAAUGGAACUAUGGACGUUCCAACAAGGGAUCCCAUGGAGGACAAUUUAUUCAACGAGGACAUACUGACAAUCAUCCAAGACAACAAGGGAUGAUGUUAUUUCAACACAACAAUACUGGUAUCCACUUGGAUAGUGGAUCUACUCUUCAUUUGCAAACAAAUGAAGAUGACUUUAAAGAAGGAAGUCUACAAGGAAUUCAUGGAGGAUUCCAUUAUGCCUCUAAUGUUGAGGGAAGAGAAGUUUAUCAAGAAGGAAUUGAUCAGGUAUUUGAUUCUGUUUGUAAGCUUGACACACGAGCUAGUGACAACGUCAACAGUUUGUCAAAUAUGGUACAAGAUGGAACAGCUUCUUUGUGA